UGUUGACCUGUUUAGCCCUACUACAACACCAUUCUCAUUCUUCUUCUACAAUUUAUUCAGUCGCCAUUCUACGCUCAACUCUAUCCAAACCCGGUUCUAAUCGGGUCAAACCUAAAUGCAGCCCACUAAUCCCACCGCCGCCGAACCUACAUUACCACCACCGCCACCAGAAAAACCACCACAGACAUUUCUAGACUUAAUCACAAGCGUCCUCUCCAUCCUCCUAGUCUCCUCCCUCACCGUCCGAUCCUUCAUCGGACGGUGGCAAGUCCUCCACGCAAAACUCACAUCCCUCCAGUCUUCAGUUUCUCUCCUCUCCGAUUCACCUCACUGGUCUCAAAACCCUCUCCUCCACACUCUACUCCCGUCGAUUCUCUCCACUCUCCAGCGCCUCCAUUCUCUCUGUAACCAGAGCUCACUCUCCUCCUUCAAUGGCGGUAAGCUUCUCUUCCAAAGCGAUCUUGAUAUCGCUUCUUCUUCGUUGUCUAACCACCUCCACGACCUUGAUUUACUGCUGAAAUCCGGUGUAUUACACCAGUCUAAUGCUAUAGUACUGUCGAACCCCGGCCCGAGUUCAACGGAGGAGGAGCUAGGUUUUUAUAUUAGAGAUCUUUUUACUCGGCUGCAAAUCGGCGGCGUUGAGUUUAAAAAGAAAGCUUUGGAUUCUCUCCUUCAGAUUCUAAAUGAAAAAUCGGCGAGUUUAGUUGCUAAAGAAGGCAACGUGGCGUAUUUGAUAAGUUUACUUGAUUUUAAUAAUAAUAAUCAUCGUUUGAUUCAAGAACAAGCGGUGUUAGCGGUUUCUAUAUUAGCGUCGGCGUCCGAUGAAGCGAGAAAAACUGUGUUUGAGCAAGGCGGGUUAGGGCCAUUGAUUCGGAUCCUUGAUUCGGGUUCUAUGUCGUUAAAAGAAAAAGCUGCAAUUGCUGUCGAAGCAAUCACUUCGGAUCCAGAUAACGGAUGGGCUAUUUUAGCAUACGGCGGCGUUUCGGUGUUGAUUGAAGUCUGCCGAUCUGGAUCAGAAGCGGCGCGUACUCACGCGGUUGGUGCUAUUAGAAAUGUGGCUGCCGUCGACGAUAUAAAAAUGGCUAUAGCGGAAGAAGGCGGCGUUUCAGUUAUUGUUAAUUUACUCGUCUCGAAUUCUUCUACUAAUGCAGCUAGAGAAAAAGCGGCGGAUUGUGCGGCGGUGAUGGCUUCCUCCGGCGAGUAUUUUCGCACGUUGAUAAUUAAAGAACGAGGAUUACAUAGAUUAAUGGAUUUAAUUCAAAGUUUACCUAAUUCAGAUACGCUAGAGCACGUUUUACGUGUAAUCAGUUCGUUAUCUAUCUCAGAAUCGGUAUCCAAAACUCUCUCCGCUUCGACAUUGUUCAUCAUCCGACUCGGCGAUUUUAUCCGGCAAGGAAACCUAAUUCUACAGCAAAUUUCAGUCACUUUACUCGCGAGUUUAACGAUCAGCGACGGCAAUAAACGCGCGAUUGAAGGAUGUGUAGCUUCGUUGCUAAAGCUAAUCGAGAUGCCGAAGCCGGCCGGUCUACAAGAAUCGGCGACGGUUGCGUUGGUUAAUUUAUUGACGGUGAAAUCGAAUAAGAAAGAGUUGGUUAGAGAUGAGAAAUGUUUGAUGAAAUUAAUUCAGAUGUUGGAUCCGAAGAAUGAGUUUGUUGCCAAGAAGUUUCCGGUUAUGGUGGUGGCCGCUUUAAUCAGCGGCGGAAGUGGCGAGUGUCGGAAGUCGCUAUUGGCUGCCGGAGCUCACCAGCAUUUGCAGAGUUUGGCGGAGAUGGAAGUCGCCGGCGCUAAAAAGGCGUUGCAGAGACUCGCCGGAAAUACGCUUAAGAAUAUUUUAUCCAGGACUUGGAGGGAAUUACAUUGAAAGUAACUAAUCCCCCCGCCAACGGAAGGAGUUUAUUUGGAUUUAUUAACUCAUCCAAGAUUGAGGAAACUACUUUUGAGGACAAAACAAAAGAAAUACACACCUCGUACACUCCGACCCUUUUUCUUUUCACCCUUUUAAUAUUAUUGCAUAUACUAUAUAAAAUAUUAAUUAAUCCUAAAACCAAUGUCACAUAUCUCCUAAUAUAAUGUUUUAAAUAUGUAGCAAAAGCAUGGAUGCGGUUUUUAUGGAGUAUCCUCAAUUGCUUUUGUCUCUAAUAUUUCUAAAAUCUCAUUAAUUUGAUUCACUCAUGAAGCUUGCAAGGGAGAUUAUGAUGAUGAUUGUUUGUAUUUUUGAUUUUUCCCCCCCCUUUUCUAAUAUAUCAAGUUUGCUUGAUAAUGUGUACAUGUUUUUUUUAUAUGUAAUGGCCCACAUGAAUUUUUGAUAGAAAGUGAGUAAUUAAUUGUUUUUUGUUGUUGA